AAAAAGACCCACAAAAACCCACUGCUCUUUCUCUGUUGUUGCCUGUCUGUUUGUUUUGUUUUUUCUUCGGAGGAAGUGUGAACAAUUUUUCUGGAAACAAAAGGACCCAAAAACGAACUCGGCACCGCGACCCGGAACGAGUCUCAAUCACGAGUCGGCGGCACUCGUCGACCACUUCAUUCUCCAUCGUCUGAUCAUCAAUAUCUCUGAUCGAUCGAAGCCUGUUUUGGGAUAUUUUCUUUGUGGGUUUGGGUGGACAUUUUUUCUUUUUUAAUAUUUAUUGUUUUAUUUUUUGGUUUCGAAUUUGGUGAUGUUGGAUUUUCGGGAAGGUAGGGAAUUGGAGGGGUGAGGGGGUUAAGGUUUCGGGAGGGUUAGGGUUAGGGUUUUUGGGUGAGCGGGUUUGGAGAUGGAUGAAAAUUCUGAGCUUGAAGAAGGAGAAGCUUGCUAUCACAAAGAUGAUGACGACUAUAUUAACCCCGAUACCGACUUCUCUUACCUUGAUGAGAAGAUUAAAAACGUCUUGGGCCACUUUCAAAAAGACUUUGAAGGUGGGGUUUCUGCAGAAAAUUUGGGGGCAAAGUUUGGUGGUUAUGGCUCAUUUUUGCCUACCUAUGAACGCUCUCCUUCUAGAUUAUCACGUCCAAAGACACCACAGAGAAACUCCAGCACGCCAAGGUCUCCCAACAAUUUAUCUAUGGAGGGCGCAUCCCAGAAUUUGAAAGCUCCUCCAAAUGCACCCCCAACUGGGAGACCUGGGAGUGCUUUUUGCUCAACUGGCAACAUUGCUGCUAAACAUGAUUCACAUUUGUCUUCUGCUCAAGUUGCUGAGAAGGCUGCCUUGAAGGAUGAGAAUUUUAACAGAGCAGGGAUUCCCACGGAUCAGAAGAAACUGAAGUUUCGAAUUAAGAUGGGCUCUGAUAACAAAACUCAAAAGAAUGCUGCAAUCUAUAGGGGGCUUGGGCUUGAUUUUUCUCCAUCUUCAUCAUUGGGGAACAGUCCUGAGGAAAGUGGAGGAACAGUGACAACAUCUCAAGAUACCACAAGUGAAUCACCUGCUAGAAUUCUUCAGGUUAUGACAUCCUUAUAUGUCCCUGGUGGUGUACUCAUAUCUCCUCUUCAUGACAGUCUGCUACUCUUAUUGAGAAAGGAAAAGGAAGGAGCUACUAGAGAUAGUAAAUCUAUCCCGUCACUUAAGGCUUGUCAAGAACAUUCUGCUGGGUUGAUAGAUGAGUUCGUUUUGGGUAAUGGAAAACAAUUAAAUAAGAAGAAAACAAAAGUUCUGAUGGGGAAAAGCAAAAAGAUGGUGGAAUCAAAGCAUGGAAAUGGCUUUAAUGUUGCGAAUGACAAGACGUUGCUCAUAAAAAAGAAGUCAGAAAAUGAGAUAGCAGGAAGGGAAGAGUUGUUCUUGCAUGACUUGAAACACACAGCUUUAUCUAAUUCAGUGAACGUUGCUGACUCUAUGGAAGCCACUGCUAGGGCAUUUGAUGUUUCUGCAGUGGCUAAUCAGGAUGGAUCAAUAGGUAGAUUUUUUUCCUCUGACUCAGCAAAGGAGGAUUCUUUGGAGUCAAUAUCUGGAAGGAGUAGAACUAGUGGCAAGAAUAAAAAGUGGAAUAUGCAGAGUAGUUCAGUUGAGAAGGGUUGGGAACAGAGUGUAGUAAAUUCCCAUAUGAAAGCUUCACUUGACCUUGGGGACAAUGUUGGGAGGAAAUGCUACCAAAAUUCUGCCACUUUAAAAUGUAAGGAAGAUCCUGAAAUGAAGGGUGGUCUGAUAGCUAAAUUUCGUGCUGGGGAUAAAAUAAAUAUUUCCUCCAAGAAGGAAAAGACAUUGUUAGAGGGCAAGAAGAAGUCAAAAGGUAGCAAAAAUACUGGACAAUUUGCUGAUUCGAUGAAGGAAAGGUUGAGCCUUGAUGUGGGUGCAACACCUAAAGAUACCACUGCUUCUAGUCAGGGCCUUUCUACAGGUAAAUAUAAGCAUAAGUUGAAGUUGCAGAAGGAUAUUAAUAACGUCAGAGAUAAUCAUAGAGAUGUGUUGGACACAAAUUUCGAACAGAAAAGUGACCAAAUGGAGCUGUCAGUGAGGCCUUUUCACAAUAGGUCCAAAGAUUUUGGUUCAUUGGAUUUUGAGAGGGAGCAGAGUGCCUAUUUGGAUAAGUCAGAGGAAAUAUUCAGUGGUAGAACAGUUGAUAACCUGCUGUUAGGAGUGGAUUUUCUAGGUGUGGUUCCUCAUCUCCCUGACAAGUCUCUUGCCUCUCAAGCAGCGGCAGCGGCAGCAACUGCUUCUGUACUCAUACAAGAUAAUUGGGUUCAGUGUGAUUAUUGUCACAAGUGGCGACUUUUGCCUUUGGAUACUACACCAGGACAACUCCCUGAGAAGUGGAUGUGUAGCAUGCUCAACUGGCUGCCUGGAAUGAACCGGUGUGACAUUAGUGAGGAGGAGACAACAAAAGCUUUCAAUGCAUUAUACCAGGUUCCAGUAACUAAGAAUCAAAAUAACCCGCAAAAUCAUGCAAAUGGAAUUACAUCAUUAGCUGCUCCAGCUCAUCUUCAGCAUCUUGAUCAGAACAACUCUAGUUUCAAUUCUCAGGUGCCAUCUAUUCAAGGGAAGAAGAAAUAUGGCCUGAAGGAAGUGCGCAAAGCAGGUAUCAGUGGCCUAAGUCAGAUGUCAAACUCUAAAAAAAACCAACAGCAGGAAUCAUUGAAGAGUAGGAGCUUAAAUGAUAUGACCCACGUCCCUGUUGAAUCAAAUCUCAUGAAGAAAUCUCGCUUCCAACAGAAGGAAAAGCAUUCAGUUGGAGGUGAGGCCAAACAAGCAAAGACAAAAAAGAAGAGGGAGUCUGAUCUAUAUGCAUCUGAUGGUUCAAAGAAAACCAAAACAGAAGAUAUGUACACUAUUGAUAAACAUCAGGGUUCCAACUUGGACCCCAGAAGGGUGGGCCUUAAUUCAAGUGCUGGCUUGCCAAAUCAAGCAAAUGGAAGAAGUAUGCAGAAUUAUAAUGAGUGCUCUCAUUCUGGGGAUGUAAAGCAUGAUAUGAAAGAAAGAUCAGUGGUUUCUGUGAAGAAAUUUGUUGAUCAUACUCAGGCCUCAUCAGAUGGUGGAUCAUUAGACAUGAGAAUAUGUGAUAAAAGGGACACUUUUAUGAAGAAAAGGAAAUUGGAGGAUUGGCAGGACAGUCAAAAUGGACAUGAGUUAUAUAUGAAGGAAGUAAGCAGUGAGAGUGGAUUCAGGAAUAAAAAGAAGUCACGACUAUCAAAGAAUGAGGGGAAGCAGUCCCAUAGAAAUGAUGGUGAUGGUACAUCAAACAGGAAAAGUAUGGAUCAUUUGAUUGGUGGUGUUGAAGAAAUCAGUAAUGAUCAGAACCAGAAACUAAGUAAACACAAGGAAAAGUCUGCAUCCCAAAAAACUUUGGGUGGCCUUGAUUCAUUGAGAAGGGAUUCUGGAACUGGACAAAUUUCAGUGGCAGCAACUUCUAGCUCUUCAAAGGUUUCUGGUUCUUGUAAAACUGGAGCAAACUUUGAAGAAGCAAAGGGUUCUCCAGUUGAAUCGGUUUCUUCAUCUCCCAUGAGGACCUCAUAUCCAGAAAAGUUCAUAUCAACCGGAGGGGACGGUUCAGGGAAGAAUGAUGCUGCCAAUGGUGGCAUUCCUCUACGUGGCAAUUUUAGAAAAUGUUGGGAUGGGGAAGGUACUGUUGAGCUUGCUCAAUCUGGUACCGAAGUGAAAGAGAAAGCAUCGGGUGAUUUUAACCCAAGAUCAUGUAAAUCUUCUACCCUGGAUUAUUGGGCUAGAGAUUCUAUUUGCAAAAUCAGCAUUAAAACUAAAGUUUCUUGUAGAUUGCGGAAUAGCCAUUUGUUCAAUGGUGAUAAUCAUUUUGAAGAAAAUGGCCAGCAUGCUGUAGAACAUUCCAGUGGUGAGGAUAGAGUGAACAAGGAGUGCCAUGUCAAUGCACUGUUUUCUCAGAAAUCUGAUAAGGUUUCCACUUCAUGGACAAAGGAGAGUGAAAGUACUUCUGCUGCUGUUAAGAUGAAUGUUUAUGAUCCAAGGAAUGAACAGGAAGAUCUGUGUUCCAGAAAGAGCAUGAAGUAUCGAUCAGAUGUUGACCCUGAGGGUCAUGCACUUCAAGAAACAAUUGCUGAUUGUAAACGCAAUUUGCCUGAUAAGUCUAACGCUAAAUCUAGCAAGGAUGAGAAGAACUCUGUUGGAAGGAGGGAUCCUUCAGGACGAUGGUCAAGUGAUAGUAGAAUGGAAACCCAGUCAAAUAUAAAGCAUGAUGGAUUUGAUGCAAAAUCUGCUGCUCCAUGCAGCACAAAGGGGAAGACUGCCCCUGAGCAAAACCUGAUCAAGGAUUUUGGUGGUCAAACUAAAGUAAUGAAAGUACAGUCAAGAAGUGGAAUGUCAAAAUCAUCCUCGCAUUGUGAAGUUGAAAGUCAGCAAGAAACAAAAAUUUAUCAAACAGUACCAGAAGCCCAACGGGGAGUUGUCUCUGAUGGGUUUCCAGUUAAUGGCUCUGGCAACGGUGAUGUGUCAAAGGCUUUAAAACAGCCUGGAAAAGCUGGCAGCAAGAAUGGAUCUAACCACAGCUUGGGACAGAGCAUGCCUGAUUUGCCUGCAGUCAGAGACUUCAAUGCUCCCAGUCCUGGAAGAAAAAAUAUUUCCAGCCAGGCAGCAACUAAUGCAAUGAAAGAUGCUACGGAGCUUAGAAAUUAUGCUGAUCGGCUUAAGAGUUCUGGUUUUGUUUUUGAAAGCAAUGAGAUUUACUUCCAAACUGCCCUUAAGUUUCUUGGCGUUGCUGCUCUUCUAGAGACUAGCAAUAGUGAGAGUGGUAGACAUGGGGACAUGAAUCAAAUGCAAGUGUAUAGCACUGCCACUAAACUUUGCGAAAUGUGUGCCCAAGAAUAUGAAAGACGCCAUGAAAUGGCUGCUGCUGCUUUGGCCUAUAAAUGCAUGGAGAUAGCGUACAUGAGGGUUGUUUACUGCAAACAUUCUACUAGCAGCAGAGACCGGAAUGAGUUACAAGCAACUCUACAGAUGGUUCCUCAAGGUGAAUCUCCAUCAUCUUCAGCAUCAGAUGUUGAUAAUAACUUAAACAAUUAUUCAACAGUGGAUAAGGCUCCAUUAGCCAAGGGUAAUGUUUCACAUGUUGCCGGAACCCAUGUCAUUCUUGCUAGAAACCGCCCAAGUUUUGUUCGGCUGCUUGACUUUACACGGGAUGUAAGUUUUGCAAUGGAGGCUUCAAGAAAAUCUCAAAAUGCUUUUGCAGCUGCUAAUUUAAAACUGGAGGAAGCUCAAAAUACAGAGUUUAUUACUUCUGUUAAAAAGGUGAUUGAUUUCAGCUUCCAGGAUGUGGAUGGACUUAUAUGUAUGGUUCAGCAGGCUAUGGAGGUCAUAAGCCGUUCUGGUUUAGGUGGUGCUGGAGAUUAAGUCACCCCUGUAUAUAUUGUUUUUUUUUUUUUGGUUUAUAACCCCCAAUGUGCAUUGGAGAAGAAAGGGGAAAAAGAUGCCUACUUAGACCUGCAUUUGGAAGCAAGCAAAGACAUGGUCACCAACAGCCAGUUAUCUCCCUGUACAUGUGUACAAAGUGAGAUUGAUUUGCAAACUUUGUAAUGUAUAUUUUUGAUGUUCACCUUCUUCUUGAUAUUUAUAAGAGCAUAGCAUGCUCACCCUUAAGUUUUCUGGGUUGGCAAAAGAGGAGAAAGUUCUCGCUUGUUCAGCAAGAGAUUUGGAGUUCUAUGUAAGAUGCCAGUUCCAUAGAGUACAUUUUUUUGGCUCCAUUGUUUUGGGGCCUGAGGAAAAGAAUAUAUAUAGCAGUUGAAAAUCUAUAGGCAACCAUUUGAGGAGGUUGAAUACUGAUAUGGUGUUGACACUUAUCAAUUUAUCCAUCAAUGGCUCUCUGUUCUGUUAACAAUUUGUUUAAAAUUUUAUUGGAAUGGAAAAUGAUAUUCUUUUGGAAGGUUCCUGUGUUAUUUUGAAGUUGCAAAGCUUAAUGUGCUUAAGAUGUGCAAGUUCCGAACUUAGAGAAGCAAUCUUUACAUUCAGGUAUGCAAUACUUAUAUCAUGCCAUUUGGUCACCAUAUUAUGUGAAAUUAACAUUUGACAGGAAUUUGUGAUGAUUGUGAUGGUGCCUUCCUUCCUUUAUUCUUCUUCAACUGGUUUGUUUUCAUUAUUCUUCUCAGAACUAUGGUGGAUAGUGAGAGGCAGUGCCUUAAUUUGAUCAAUGUGGGUGUAAAUAAUCACGUGCAGAGGUUUGAACAGAAAUAUUCAAAGUUUUUUUUUUCUUUGGGGGUGGGGAUGGGGUUGGCCAAGGUGGGUUUUUCUGUAUGCUUGUUAUGUUCUUUUUAGAAGUUAAGGGAAGCAUGCAGAGCAGGGUGGUUAACUCACUAGUAUCUUGGCUUUAGAUUGAGCUAGCUGCUUCACUGGUGUUGAACUGCAAAGUUCAGUUGAUGACGGGCCUUCCCAUUGUAGUGCUCCUUUUUCUUCUGCCCACCAACGCCAAUAUUUGUGCAGUAUUAGUUGUGUUAGGACACAUAUGUGUAUCACUGAGUGGCUUGUAAUAAGCAAUGAACUUUUGCUAUAUUUGUCAUUAUGAAAUCAGUUAUUUUAGUUGCCA